GGAGCACAGAACGAAUUGUGCAAUAAUUGUACAGUCAAUCAAAGCGAAGAGCAAAAUUAUGGCGACCAAACGCGCUCGUUCGCACUCACCUCCAUCAAUCCACGUCCCCCCUCCACGUAACACAUUUGCCACUCGCGGCUGGGUCUGCAUCCCGAACCUUCUGUCACUUUCAGAACUGCGCGUGCUGCAGUCCGAGUGUAGCGAGCUCUACGCUCGUGAAUCCACCGAGUCCAUCGCCGCUCAAGGAUGCGUUCUGGACGGCAUGGCACAGUGUCCGAUGCACGAUUCCGACCUGGCGCGAGUACGCUCUAGUUGUUACCUGCAAACUCGCACCAAACAGUUAAAGAGCAAUACCGUUGAUACGGAGAUAUUCGAGUUGCUACUCUUUGAAAAGCUACCAGCAAUUGCUGGACAGCUGAUGAAAAGUUAUGAAAAGGCUGAGACGGGGACGGACAUGUUUUUCUUCAACGAACACUACGUGGUGAAGCCUCCGAGAAGCCACGUGGAGUUUCGUUGGCAUCGAGACGACGACGAGCAACUCGCCAUGUGCGUGCAUCGGGACGAGAUCCCAGCGUACAUAUCGGCCUGGUGUGCCUUGGACGAUGUGACUGAAGUUAAUGGUGCACUGCAGUUCGUGCCACUGGAUGAGCUAUCUGGGUCGGAUGAGGAGAGUUUAAAGCGUCAUGCAAGUGAACCGAUGACAGCGAAGGCAGGAGAUGUGCUGUUCUUCUUGUCAAAUGUGUGGCACUUUUCCUCAAGUAAUGAGUCGGAUGGUGCUCGUCGAGCAUUUUACGCGCAGUACUCAAGAGAGAGGAUUACAGCUCGGCCGAAUGAUCCAUCGCCGUUGAGUUUUGCGAUUCCGUGCAGAGGAUUGAACUCGGUAUCUAUGGGAGAAGAAGCCACGAGGAAUGGGAAUGACAUGGUGAACAAGAAAAUGAUGCAUAAUUUGGAAUAGAUUUGCUUUACGUGACAGAAUCGUUGUGGGCAUUCGGAAGCAACUUGUCGUUGAAGGUGGCGGAUAUAGCGUGCUUAUUACUUGUGGGACAAAGAAGUACAUUAAUCUAGAACCGAUGUAUGUUGCGGCUAAUGAAGCUCGCCAAUACCAAUGCAGUUCUAACUUAGAGCUUUUAAGUACUCGUGGGUUUCAAGCUAAGCAAAAAAUUCGAGUAUUCUGGAGUUACGAUCAGUAAAGAAACUGAAAAAUCACAUUGGCAGGCCCCCAGUAAGGGUCGCUGUCAUCGACUCGGCGAUGGCUGCUGCUGGUGGUGGUCUAUGGAGCUGCUACUUUUUCUUGGUGGUAGAUUCACGACCAUACAUUUUUCUCUACUUUUCAUCAGCUUGGACCAUACAAAGAACAAGUCAACCAAAGUCUCCCGUUUCCUUGGGGCGAGUAAGUUCUUUGCCAAAC